AUGACUGAAGGACAGCAAGUGCGCAUCGAAAGCUUGUUUUUCAAUUUGAAAGAACUACAGAAUGAGAAAGCCUGUGUGGAGCAGAAACUGCACGAAGUCAAGUUGAAGCGUCAUUCGCUAGAGCAGGAGAUUGAACACGCUGCCAGUAAGUGUAGUCAUGCUCAAGACAAGCACCGGAGAAUGUCUGAGAUCCUAGCAGUAGCUCGGCAAAAAGUUGAGCAGACAAUGGCUACCUCAUUGAGUUUACAGGCAGACAUAGAGCAAAGUCGACCUAAACUAGAUCAGCUGCAGGACGCCAUUGAAGCCGAGAAGAAACUGCAGCUGCUGAAACUUGAGGAAUUUGAAACUAGCUUGCUGGGAAUGUCUUCACAGUUGUUUAGUGCCAGAGAUUUCUAUAAAAAUUCCAACUUGCAAAAUGAAAUAAACAGCACACAAAAAGCGCACAUGGAGCUGGAGCAACAAGUGUACAGAGAGAACAAAAAUGUUGAGAACUUGACCACACGUUUGGAAAAGUUGACCCAAAGUGAACAGUCUUCAGCCUUGAUAAAAUCUGGCAUAGAAGAAUCUCUCUACAUCUGCUGCAGAGUUAUGGAACGUGAUGAAGAGGACAUCAGAGCUGAUCUGAGUCGCAUUCAAGAUGAGCUGCAAGAGAUCCGUGAGAUUAUUCAUUGUGUCGAGUAG